AGGACUAGGUCGGUGUAGAGUGCGCGUCACGGUUGAUAGCUCAGAGGUUUGACUUUUCCACUUGUUUUUGAAGUAUGUGCCACUGAUUUUAAAUUGCUUUUGAACCAGCAAACACUCGGCAAACGUCUCCCUUUUGGCUUGUACGGGCGGAGUGACCAGACUGUCCUGUGGCCGAAAAGUGGUCUGAGGGAGCGCCUGAGGGGCGCGCCAUGUUUGCCCCCGGCUGUGGCAGGGCGCUUUGCUCCUUGCGGCUGAAGGGGUUCCGAGGGUGGGCGCGCGAGGUCGCCAGCUCCCGCUCAGGUUGGGGCGAAUGCCAGCAGGGGACUGAGCCUGAGGUCCUUCCGCCCGGCCAAGUGCGCCGUACGCUGAAGGAGUGGUCGCUGCAGGUGAGCCCGUUCGGCCAGCUGAGGACGCGGCUCCCGUGUCACCUGGCCCUCAAGCCAUUGGACCCCCUCACCUACCCGGACGGGGACCGAGUGUUGGUAGUGGUGAGCUGCGUAGAGGGCGGGGCGCCGGACCUUGCUGGCCUGCAGGUGAAGUAUGAUGAGGCGCUGAAGGAGGUGACCAUCCUGUCUGACAGCAUCGACCCGCAAGUGUCCGUGGAGGUGAACGCGCCCUUGAAGUUCGAUUUGAAUAUCAAAUCAUCAGGGUCUGGCUGUGUAAAAGUCCAAAAUAUUGAGUGUGAUAAUUGCAAAAUUGAAACCGAUCAUGGUACCAGCAUCUUACAGACUAUUAAGAGUCAAAAUGUACAUGUUCAAACAAAAGGAGGUGAAGUGAUCUGCCUGGGAACAGUUUAUGGAAAUGUAGAUAUUCAUGCAUCAGAUAAAAGUACUGUGACGGUAGAUAAACUGCAGGGAAGUUCUGUUAAUAUAUCUACUGAAGAUGGUUUGCUGAAAGCCAAGUACCUAUAUACAGAUUCAUCAUUUCUGUCUUCUGCUGCUGGGGAUAUUUCAUUAGGAAGUGUUCAUGGAAAUAUAACAUUAGAAAGCAAGACAGGUAACAUCACAGUAGAUUCAUCCUCUGGAUGUCUAAAAGCCUCAGCUCAUCAGGGUGCCAUAGAUGUUUAUGUCAGCCAACUUGGGAAAGUAGAAUUGAAAUCUCAUCAAGGCUCUAUUCUUAUCAAGGUUGCAUCCUCUCUUCAAGCUCACUUACAGUUAACAGGAAGAGAGGUUGAUGUGAAUUCUGAAGUUCAUGUUCAAGAAAUGACUGAAGUUCAUAAAGAUGAUUGUGUAACAAUUACUGGCCUCAUGAAUCAAGCAAGCAAACAUGAAAAAUGGAUUAAGGCUGAUGCCCCAAAAGGCACUAUAAAUUUUAAAAGUCAAAACUGGUUUCAGUCCCUGAAACUUCAGGACUAAUGGUUUGAACUGUAUAAUUUUUAACAAUGAUUGGCAGAUGUAAUAACAAACAUACAAAUAUCAAUACUUCAUGAAAAGUUGAAAAUAACAAAUUGGAAAGAAUAUUGGUGAAUUAUCUUGGGGGUGGUAGGGUUUUUUAUAUUCAUACUUAGAUAUUAUAUUAGUUUGUUUGCUCUGUAGGUAAAAAGCCCAGUAUGAUUUGGUCUGUGUUCAGGUUAUUCACAAACUGGAUUAAAGGUGUUAACUAGGUUGAGUUUUCAUCUGGAUACUCUGAGAAAAAUCUGCUUCAAGGUCACUUGUGUUAGCAAAAUUCAGUUCCUUAGGAUUGUAGGACUGAGGUCUUCUCUUCUUGGCUGUGAGUCAGCCAUCACGCGGAUUUCCCAGAGGCCACCCCUUUCCCUUCCCAGGUGGCCCUCUUCAUCCUGAAGCUAAAGUAACAAGUUCAGUCCUUCUCCUGCUUUGAGUAGCUAACCUCUUCUGCAACCGACUGGAGGACAAUUGCUUUUAAAAGGGCUGGAUUGAUUAAGUCUUUCCUGACACAGUCAUGGAAGUGCCAUCUCAUACAUUGACUUUACACGAACUCAGGAGACAAAGAAAUUAUACAAAGGCAUAGAAAGUGGGCACAGUUACCUUUGUGUCAUAGUUUUCCUGGAACGUUUUCUAUUUAAUAUUUCUUAUGACAGCAAUGUAAAUUUAAGCUAUGAAUAAAAACAUAUCAUAAUUGCUGCUGU